GGUAAUCGUAGAAGUAAACUUUGAAAGCCGCAGCUAGCCAAAGCAGCACAAAGCGGCUCCAUCUAUAAACUCCAUAUGAUCAAGGAAUUCGUUUCAAUUCCUAAGCUUUACGAUGUCGGUCUGUGAAGUGCGCGCUUAGGCCUUUUCAUUUCCGUUUUCUAGUAAACUGCUAAACACCGAUGAGAAAACGAGCAGGAAAGCCGCUACUUGAAGAAUUAGGGCCGCAGGUCGUGUGUUCCUUAUAACAAUGUACAUGCCGUUCAAAUAAGUACACCUAACAAAGCUCGGCACAUCAAAGCAAUCCCUUCAAUCCAAACAGACCGUAUUGAUUUAAAGAAUAGCCAUGAUCGUCACACUGGUUAUUAUUCACAAUCACGACCGAGAGUCGGUACACAAUGUGAAUUGAGCGCAAAAAAAAGCGAGCCCUCGCUACUUUAAGACUCGACCAAAAGCACACCAAGAAUGAUCUACUUGUGUUGUUCGCUCCCGCCAACCAUCGUCUACGAUCCACUUCAAAAAUGGUGUAUCCGGAAGGAAACUAUGACCAAGAUUUAGAAGAGGCAUCCAGGUGUAGCAGUGUCUUCCUACGUACAGUCGAAUAAUAUCUAAGACACAUAGCUCAUCAUUGUCCAGUUCCGCAGAGUAAAUUAAAAAAAUUAUUAAUUCGUCUGUCGACCAAUCAAAAUACACGUGGAUGUCGCAGCUUUUGGUGGAUUGUAGGUCUAUAUAACAGCGUAGCACACGUCUGUGAGCCCCAGUUAUCGCAUGACGAACAAGAAAAUGGCAAAGUUGUCUUUGACAAAUUUCGUGCGAUUCAUUCUCAUUUCAAUCUGUGUACACAAUGUUUUAGAGACAAAUUCUAAAAAUAUGUUAUUUGUCGCCUCUGUCACCUUUCCUCCAAGAAUCAUCUGCACACGCAUCAAGGGACUUUCAGCGCAACAAAUGCGUUUCUGUGAGAAAAACCCGGCUGCCAUGGAAUCGAUUACAGAUGGAUAUCAUCUUGGCGUGGAUGAAUGCAAAUAUCAGUUUCGUAAAAGGCGGUGGAACUGUACCUCCCUUGGCUCUAAGCACACGUUCAGCAGUCAUGCAGUGCCUGGAACCAAGGAGUCAGCCUUUACUCAUGCCAUCAUUUCAGCAGGCAUCGCACACGCAGUUACACUAGCUUGCACCAAGGGGAACUACAGCAAUUGUGGCUGCGAUCUUUCUCUAAAGGGGGUCAGGAGCUCAGACGGAUCAUGGAUCUGGGGAGGCUGUAGCGUGAACAUAAACCGUGGAAUAGAGGUUGCCGAUGCGUUUCUUGAUGGACAAGAUACCAGCCAGUCGGAUAUUGCAUUGAUGAACAAGCACAACAAUAGAUUGGGGGGCCAGGUAAUAAGGGAUAACUUGGACUUGCAAUGCAAAUGCCACGGUCCUUCAGGAUCAUGCAACAUGCGUACGUGCUGGAAGUGGGUGCCUUUGUUUCGCACAGUUGGCGAUAAGUUGAAAGGAUUUUACUCCGACAGAAAAAAAUCCUUUCAGGUCGAGGCAGUAUCCAAACGAUCCACGGCAGGACUAGUGCCUGCUUACCUGGUUCUGAAGAACAACAAGAACGUCAAACCCGAAAAGUUUACAAACUUGGUGUGGCUUAGAUCUUCACCGAACUACUGUGACAAGAUUGAAUCGCUCGGUGUUGUUGGGACAAUUGGAAGAGAGUGCAACAAGGAAUAUGGAUCGCAGCGCAAGAGCAGUUGUGAGGUCUUGUGUUGUGGGCGAGGCUAUAAUGUUCGUGAAACUGUGCGUAUAUCACAGUGUCUCUGCAAGUUUUAUUGGUGUUGUGAAGUUCGAUGUAAAUCCUGUUCACGAAAGGAAAUGGUACACACUUGUCAGUAGAAGAUUCUUGCUGCAGGGCGGAAAAGAACUGACCAGCAUGGACAGUGCACUUUGAUCUGAUAUUCACGGAAUAGACAAUAUUUUAAAGAUAUCUUGAUUGAAUGACUUGAUAUACUGAUUGCUCUGCUGUGCUCCCAUCCUACUGUAAACUUAACAAAAUUCAGCUAUUGGACAUUAUUCUUAUUUAUGAUUCACCUAUCACUGGCUUGUAAAACUAGAACUGUUAAGAAAUACGACUACGAGUCCAAGAACACUAAGCAAUAUCUAUAUUCAGCAUUUUCAUCAUUUCACAUUGAGUUAGUUUUAUGACGACUGGCUUUACUAGGUUGUAUAAUAUCGAGAAUUUUAAGAAAUUAAGGCUACUUUUUUCUUUACUUUGCUGGCUUCUACAUGGCUGUGAAUGCUGCAGACUCUGGAGUCGAGAAAAGGAAAAAGAAAUUUAGUAAAUGAAAAAAUUUAGUAAAUGAAAAGGAACAUGUCACUAUUGUUAUCCAUUUCUCUCCUUCAAAGUGCAUAGCAUUAUAUUGGCCAUGAGAAAUUUGUCAAGGGUGUUAAGUGCUAAGGUCGUCUGAUGUUAUCUGAAUGAUACUGAUAAGUAGAAAUGAAAAUUGGAAAUGAACUGUGCAUACUGGGAAAGUAGCUUAGACUCGAUAGAACCUGUUUAAUUAGAAUAUAAUAUAUAUCGCCCAAAAUUUGUCAAAUAUCAAUUAUAAGCAGUCUCAAAUGUAAGCAACUGAAUAACCUCGCGGGUAAUCGAGUUAAAUAUGUUAAUAGCUGAUUAGAUGUGCAGGUGUAUUUAUAGAUUAAUUGUAUUUAUGAAAAUUUGUUUGUAAUAUUUAGGAUUUGAUGGAGAAUUUUAGCUUAACGUAACUUUGGACAAUUCUUUAUGAAUUGAAGUACUUUAUCGGCAGGGUCCAUUUCCAUACGUAUCCUUGUAUAUUUUCUAUUUUGGGAUAAAUUAUCAAUUAUUUCUAAUCAAUGAUGUAUGAGUGAAUGAAGACGCCCUUUUAAAUCGUAGUUAUUUAUUAUAGGAAGUGAACAUUUUGACAGUGACCUUGUAUUUAAUAAACUAGGCUAUAAACGCA